CAUCCCCGCCGCCUUACUCCAGCCCCUUUGCCGCUCCCCCGCCCUGGGCCUCAGUCGCCGCCUGCACUCGCCGGCCUCCUAUCUGCGCGAGCCCACGCAUUUCCCCAGAUCCUGCGAGCCAGAAUCGAGGUCCUCGGAGGGGACAGAGCAAACCUUGGUGGCGCCGGUGACCGCGCCCCUGGCCGCGGCGUCAGUGCGUUGGACCCAGCAGGCCGCGCUCUGAGCACCCCGCGUCCCUCGCUCGCGGGCCGGAACUCCAAAGUCUUUCCCAGCUCAGCGCCCCGGUUUCCGCCCCCGGAAAAUAGCUUUUUUUUUUUUUUUUUUUUUUUUUUUUAACUCCAAUCCCGAUCCUAUUCAGCCUUCGGGGCUUACUCAAGACCUCUAACAGUGCCUGGAAGAGGAAGAGAGUGAUAUGCAAAAUAGUCAGCUACUUACUGCUGAUACACUUACUAUGCUUACCGUGUGCUAAACAGGCGCUGGAGGAGUGUUUUACAUGCCUGACCUCAUUUAAUUAAAUGGUAGUGGCAGAGGCAGAAAUAACACCUAUGUCUUCCUUACCCCAAAGCAUGUUCUAGAGUUCUGGGAGCCUCCUGGAGGCCUCCUUGCUGCUACAGAAGGGACCCCUGCCUUCUCUGUGGCAGCCUCCUUACUUCACCUGGGUAGAGUGUUCUGUGGCUUCUCAUCAGCCUGGCCUUGAACCACAGGCACUUCACCAGCUGCAGGUAUGGCGGGCGUGGAGCAGCACGAGGGCACCAUCCAGGUGCAGGGCCAGAGCCUUUUCUUCCGAGAGGCUCGGCCUGGCAGUGGGCAGGCCGCCCGCUUCUCUGUGCUGCUGUUGCAUGGCAUACGCUUCUCCUCCGAGACCUGGCAGAACCUGGGCACGCUGCACAGGCUGGCCGAGGCUGGCUACCGGGCUGUGGCCAUUGACCUGCCAGGUCUGGGGCGCUCCAAGGAAGCAACCCCUGCCCCUAUUGGGGAGCUGGUCCCCAGCAGUUUCCUGGCAGCUGUGGUGGAUGCCUUGGACCUGGGCCCCCCAGUUGUGGUCAGCCCAUCGUUGAGUGGCAUGUACUCCCUGCUCUUCCUCACUGCCCCAGACUCCCAGCUCCGAGGCUAUGUGCCAGUGGCCCCCAUCUGCACUGACAAAAUCAAUGCUGCCGACUAUGCCAGAGUGAAGACCUCGGUUCUUAUUGUAUAUGGAGACCAGGACCCCAUGGGUCAGACCAGCUUUGAGCACCUGAAGCAGCUGCCCAAUCACCGGGUGUUGGUCAUGGAGGGGGCAGGGCACCCCUGUUACCUUGACAAACCUGAGCAGUGGCACACAGGGCUGCUGGAUUUUCUGAAAGGGCUGGCAUGAGGCUCAGCCCUGCGGAUGGGGGUGGGCCACUUGCCUGCCUUGGGCUCUCUCUUGCUCAUUCUCUCCUUCCCUCCGUGGGCUCCUGCUCUUCAUGCACAUACAACAGGUGUGUCUAUCUGGGUUCUUGUCUUCUAGGGUCUGUCUUUUCCUCUUCUUUCUCUUUCAGUAACAGACUGAAAAAGUGAAGUCAAGCAAAAAAAAAAGUCAGUAAUCAAGGGACAUAAUCUGGUGGAGGGUAAUUAAUUCAUUAGAUGACCUUCUCCUAUAGGCUUCUCCCAGCCUCCCCCCACCUCCCACCUCCUCCUUUGGCUUCCCUGCUGGGCACACACACACCCCUACCUCCACCCCUUAGACCAUAGAUACAUACAUGCCCACAUUCAUGCUUACACAUUAGAACCGUCUAUGUUCCCAAAUAUGAUCCAUCACUUGAGGCAACCACACAGGUACAUGCAGCUCUGAGCUGACACUAACACACACACAGUCACUUUGCACUGCAUACACAAACACACACAUGCUCUGCCCCCGCACAAGGACUUGCACAGGCACAUGCUGCUCUCCCCAACCAUGCAGCACCCCAUGUCUAGGAAGAUGGGGACCCCAUGGUCCAGCCCUUUCAGGAGACUCUCUGCCAGGUUUAGGGUGCCACCAGCUCUGAACUUCAUUCACCCACAGGUUGCAGGAAUGACCCCAAAAGGGAAGGACCACCCCUUCAACCCUCAGAUUUCCAGCCUCCUUCUGGGUAUUCCACAGCUUCCCAGGUUAUUAGGCCUGGGUUUUUCUCAGCCAAGCUAGAUUCCUGCUCUGAGGUUUGGGGGAUGGGGAGACAGAGUGGAGGUCUGCGAAAUAAAGUGAUGCAAUUAGA